UACGCCAGUUUGGAAUGCUUCUUCCUUCCACCAUUGCUUGUGAUAUAUAAACAAAUAAAUAUAACAGAUUAAAUGCUUGUGUUGUAAGUAUUAAAUAAUGUUCAACACAAGCAUUUGAAGCGCUAAAGUCCGAGCUUUCCCACAUGACUUGAACGCAGCAAGUCGUUGACGGCCAACGCGGGGGGCGGGGUCCUGUGACGUCAGGGGGUGGAAGAAAACAGCGGAGCAGGAAUCAAAACAAGCGACGGACACGCCUUCGCUCUUAAAGGUUAUAGCAGCUAAUUCCUUAUAACUGCUGCUGUCAGAGCUGCACAAAACCCCGCCUGUCGUCCACGAGGACGCCAAAAACAACAACUCAAAUAGAAAAAUACUGCAAAAACACUGCAGAAAUGGAGUCCACAGAAAUGUCAGGCAGCGUUGACAGCAGCCGUUGAUAGAGGUCGAAAAUAACACUUGACAUCCGAAUCCUUUAAAAUGCCCAACCAGAAGAACAACAAGGGAAAGAAAAGCAAACGCACUAACAGUAGCGGAGAUGAGCAGGAAAAUGGAGCCUGUGCGGUCGCAACAGGAGGCGCGGCCGCGGCGGCUGCACCCAGACACGAGCGCUCAAGUGGUAAGAGAGAGGUCCAGUGUGCGACCCCCCUUGGCUGCAGCUUGGGCCGUCCCAUCGACCUGGAGAAGGAUGACUACCAGCGGGUGCUCUGCAACAACGAGCUCUGCCCUUAUGGCAACUGGAUGCAUCUGCAGUGUUUCUACGAGUGGGAGAGCUCCAUCCUCGUCCAGUUCAACUGCAUCGGCCGCGCACGGUCCUGGAACGAGAAGCAGUGUCGGCAGAACAUGUGGACCAAGAAGGGCUACGACCUGGCCUUCAGGUUCUGCUCAUGCCGCUGUGGCCAGGGCCACCUAAAGAAAGACACCGACUGGUAUCAGGUGAAACGUAUGCAGGAUGACCGCAAGAAGAAGCCAUCUGAGAGGAGCAUGGGCAGGAAUGGGGCCAGUGGUGGGGCGGCAGGGGACGGGCUUUUUGAGGAGCCCAAGAAAAGCAAGCUACCAGGAGGAGCAGUAGGAGGAGGUAAACUAUCCCACAGAGCCUCUAGUCAGGAGUUACCUCGGAGACAAUCAAUGGACCGUCAGAACUCUACAGAGAGAGGAGCAGCAGCCGCAGGAGGAGGACCCUUUUGUCUGGGGCCUCCUCAGAAGUCUCCAUGUGACUCCCCGGGACAGUCUCCUCCAACUGGUUUCCCUUUCUCCCCCACUGCUGUCCUUGGAGCAGGAGGCGGAGGAGCAGGCUUACGAGGUUCCCGUCCACUGGGAGAGUUCCUCAAAUCAGCCGUCCACAUGGACCCGCAGAGGAAACACCUUCUGGUCGGGGGAGCUCUCGGUCGGGGCGGUGGCUGCUCGAUGGGAGCCUCCGGUGGUGGAGCUCACCUCGACCCCGGGUCUGUUCUUUCCCUGCCGCUGUCCUUCGCCCUCCCACUCCACAACAGGCUCACCUCUGGCAGUUUGGGUGACGGCACCCACUCUCACCCAGUGCAGUUCCUGAGGAGGCUGGACCUCUCGGAGCUCCUCACCCACAUCCCUCGACAUAAACUCAACACCUACCAUGUCCGCAUGGAGGACGAUGCCCAAGCAGGCCAGGGAGAAGAGCUGCGCAGGUUUAUCCUGUCAGCCCUCAGUGCAAGCCAGAGAAACAUGGUCAACUGUGCGCUGUGCCACAGAGCGCUGCCUGUGUUUGAACAGUUUCCUUUGGUGGACGGGACUCUGUUUCUCAGCCCUUCACGCCAUGACGAGAUUGAGUAUGACGUCCCCUGCCAUCUUCAAGGCAGGUUAAUGCACCUCUACGCCAUCUGUGUGGACUGUUUAGAAGGCGUCCACAAGAUUGUCUGCAUCAAGUGCAAGUCACGCUGGGACGGGAGCUGGCACCAACUGGGCACCAUGUACACCUACGAUAUACUGGCUGCUUCACCGUGUUGCCAGGCUCGUCUCAACUGUAAACACUGUGGGAAGCCGGUGGUGGACGUUCGAGUUGGGAUGCAGUAUUUCUCUGAGUACAGCAACGUCCAGCAGUGCCCUCACUGUGGCAACCUGGACUAUCACUUUGUUAAACCUUUCUCCUCCUACAAAGUACUCGAGGCUUAUUGACAAAUGCUGUUUAUGCAUGCUAGUUAAGCUGCUUUUGUUCCAAUCUAGGAAAGAUUUUAUUUUUGGGGUCUAAAGGUGGUUUUGUUUUAAAGUUCUCUCUCUCUCGAUUUCUUUUUUAUGUAUAGGAAAAAUAUGACUAGUUAAACAUUUUUUUAAAAAAGUUCCAAGACAGUAUCUCUGCUGUUAGAGAAAAGUGUUGAUAAAGUGUGGAACUGACACAUUAGUCAAACACAUUUAUCUGUGACAAGUGAAUGUAUCUGUAUGCCAAAUUUGCUUUUAUUUUUAUUUUUUACCAAAAACAUAAAAAUAAAUCUUGAAUAAAGCAGAGAAAGUUAUGCAUA